AUGAGCGAUUUAGCACAAUCAAAGACCACGACAACGACAACAACAACAACAAAUGGCCCCAAGCUACGUACAGCAUGUGAUAACUGCCAGCUGUCCAAAGUACGAUGUAGUCGAGGCAAGCCUUCGUGCUGGCGGUGCAGCCAGAGCGGCGUCCAGUGCGUAUACAGCCCACUGAGGAGGACGGGGCGCCCGCCCAAGAACAGCGACAACAAUGCUGCCGCGCAGCGUGAAAAGGCCACUUCGAACCGGUCGUCGACUACAAAUUCAUCACAAAAUCGCUCUCCCCGCGAUAUUAUCACCCGGGAAGCCUCGCCCGAUCGCACCUGUUACCGUCACCAUCCACCGCAGGACGCCAUCGCCGCCAAUGACGUGCCGACGACCUGUUCGCCAGUACGGCUGCAACAGCCUCCGACGGAAUUGGCGGCAUCUUCAGCCGCACCAGGCGGUGCAAUACUUGCCGGGCAUCCCAUGGACAACGCUGUAUCCCAAGACCCAACCCAGAAUCCUGCGCUGUCCAUGGCAAAUCUGCACAUGGGCGUCAGUGCCAGUGACUUCUCCGCCUUGGAUAUGGAUCUGGACCUGGAUAUGGGCAUGUGGGCGGUGCCGGCCAUGUCAGACCUGGCAAUGGAUUACAGCCAGGGAGCUAUCGGCCCGACCGCUAUGACCGGCUCAGAAACGGACGAGAUGGGCCAUCUCACGCUGGGCUCAGUGCUCUCGUCCCCCUCCACCGCAUUCGAUCCCCACGAACCGAGAGGCUGCGCGCAUCGAGCCCAAAACAAGCCACAGACGACUCUCCUGAGCGGUCUUGGCGCCCUGUCGACCGCCAUGUCGACUGCCAUGCCAAUCAGCAGCGUCUCUGAGGCAAUUGCCGAGACGGGACUGGCUAGCCCGCCCCCGUCGGCUCCGACCACAGCCUCGUCCAGCCACCACACAUCAUCACUCUCGGGCGCACGCACCGGGAGCGUCGGCGUCGGCUCCGGCACGCGAGAGCGCGCUAGCAAUAGGCCGUGCUCGCAGGACGGAACCUGCUACAAGGCCCUCUCCGGGUUGCUGAUCAAGCUGGGCGACUUUGACCUGUCCCCGGCAGAGGCCAUGCAGCUGGACGGCCUGCUGUGCAUUGACCGUGAGCUCCAGCACAAAGUACGCAUGGCACUUGACUGCGGGCACUGCACGGAGAUGCCCAGUAAUCAAAACUUGCUCAUGAUUAUAUACAUGUCCCUCGACAGCUUACUGUCUCUCUUUGAGAAGCAGCAAAGGCAACACAAAGACAGCUCAGGCAGCGCCAAUGGCUACCACAAUCGAAGUUCGUCGACCGCAACGGCCGCCGUCGUCGCCGCCGCCGCCCCGCGACGACACCUCGUGUCGCAUUCGCGUCUGCCGUCUUCUCGAUUCCCCCACGAGAAGUCUGAUGACACAAGCUCUCGGAGACUGCGCCAGUUUCCCUGGACCGAGCAAUCUCUUGUUGUCGGCAGCUUCCUCGUAGAUGAUGUGGUCAAGGCGAGCUUUCUGCAGCGCCUUGUUUUGGACUACAUUGACAAUGUGCUCUCCAUACUUGCUGAGCUUGAAAAGAUGGCGGAUACAAUAAUGAAGGGCGUGAAUUGCAUGAUAUCCCGACAGAAGGCAGAUGAUAUCUACAAGAGAGGGCGUAUUUUCUGCGCGCCAGACUACUUCUGGCAACCGACGAGAACGGCACGUUGUAACAGUGCCUUCGGCCAUGGCGAUGGUCCAUUCUGUUGUGCUUUUUCAUACUUGUCCCAAUGGUCCUUCUUUUGA